CCCGCGCGAGAUGUGACCCCUUCCCGCUGCCCGGCCUCCCCUGCCCCCCGGGGGGCCCGCCUUUGCUUGCUUUUGGGGGGGGUGGGGAGCGGCGCGCGGAUCAUGGCAUUGGAGUUCCCGGGCUUGCAGCCGCCGCCGCCGCCACAUCCACGCACCCCGAGCGCCCCUUCUUCCCGGAGCAGCAGCGGAGAAGGCGAAGCGGCCGGCGGGGGCGAGGCAGAUGGGGCUCAAGGCGCGCAGGGCGGCGGGGGCGGCUGGCAGCGGCGGCGACGGGGGCGGCGGCGGCGGCGGCGGGGCCGCUAACCCGGCCGGGGGGGACGCGGCGGUGGCCGGCGACGAGGAGCGGAAAGUGGGGCUGGCGCCGGGCGACGUGGAGCAAGUCACCUUGGCGCUCGGGGCCGGAGCUGACAAAGACGGGACUCUGCUGCUGGAGGGCGGCGGCCGCGACGAGGGGCUGCGGAGGACCCCGCAGGGCAUCGGCCUCCUGGCCAAGACCCCCCUGAGCCGCCCUGUCAAGAGGAACAACGCCAAGUACCGGCGCAUCCAAACUUUGAUCUACGACGCCCUCGAGAGACCGCGGGGCUGGGCGCUGCUCUACCACGCGCUCGUGUUCCUCAUUGUCCUGGGAUGCUUGAUUCUGGCCGUGCUGACCACGUUCAGGGAGUACGAGACUGUUUCGGGAGACUGGCUGCUAUUACUGGAAACAUUUGCUAUUUUCAUCUUUGGAGCCGAGUUUGCUUUGAGGAUCUGGGCUGCCGGAUGUUGCUGCCGCUAUAAAGGCUGGCGGGGAAGGCUCAAGUUUGCCAGGAAGCCCCUGUGCAUGCUCGACAUCUUCGUGCUGAUCGCCUCUGUGCCGGUGGUUGCCGUGGGAAACCAGGGCAAUGUGCUGGCCACCUCCCUGCGCAGCCUGCGCUUCCUGCAGAUCCUGCGCAUGCUGCGGAUGGACCGCAGGGGCGGCACGUGGAAGCUCCUGGGCUCGGCCAUCUGCGCCCACAGCAAAGAGCUCAUCACCGCCUGGUACAUUGGGUUCCUGACGCUCAUCCUUUCUUCAUUUCUUGUCUACCUGGUUGAGAAAGAUGUGCCGGAAGUUGAUGCACAAGGAGAAGAGGUGAAGGAGGAAUUUGAGACCUACGCAGAUGCCCUUUGGUGGGGCCUGAUCACACUGGCCACCAUCGGCUAUGGAGACAAGACGCCCAAAACGUGGGAAGGCCGCCUGAUUGCGGCCACCUUCUCCUUAAUUGGUGUCUCCUUUUUUGCCCUUCCAGCAGGCAUCCUGGGGUCGGGACUAGCACUCAAGGUACAGGAACAGCACCGGCAGAAGCACUUUGAGAAAAGGAGGAAGCCGGCCGCUGAACUCAUCCAGGCUGCCUGGAGGUAUUAUGCUACCAACCCCAACAGGAUUGAUCUCGUGGCGACAUGGAGGUUCUAUGAAUCAGUCGUCUCUUUUCCAUUCUUCAGGAAAGACCAGCUGGAGGCAGCAUCCAGCCAAAAGCUGGGUCUCUUGGAUCGGGUUCGCCUUUCUAAUCCUCGUGGUAGCAAUACUAAAGGAAAGCUAUUUACCCCUCUGAAUGUAGAUGCCAUAGAAGAAAGUCCUUCUAAAGAACCAAAGCCUGUGGGCUUAAACAAUAAAGAACGUUUCCGCACCGCCUUCCGCAUGAAAGCCUACGCUUUCUGGCAGAGCUCCGAAGAUGCUGGGACAGGUGAUCCCAUGGCGGAAGACAGGGCCUACGGGAAUGACUUCCUCAUCGAAGAGAUGAUCCCCACCCUGAAGGCCGCCAUCCGAGCCGUCAGAAUUCUACAAUUCCGUCUCUAUAAAAAAAAAUUUAAGGAGACUUUGAGGCCUUACGACGUGAAGGAUGUGAUUGAGCAGUAUUCUGCAGGACAUCUCGACAUGCUUUCCAGGAUAAAGUACCUUCAGACCAGAAUAGACAUGAUUUUCACCCCUGGACCUCCAUCUACCCCAAAACAUAAGAAGUCUCAGAGAGGGGCAGCAUUCACCUACCCAUCCCAGCAGUCACCCAGGAAUGAACCAUAUGUAGCCAGAGCACCCGCAUCGGAAACUGAAGACCAAAGCAUGAUGGGGAAGUUCGUGAAAGUCGAAAGACAGGUUCACGACAUGGGGAAGAAACUGGACUUCCUGGUGGAUAUGCACCUGCAGCACAUGGAAAGGCUGCAGGUGCACGUCACGGAAUACUACCCGACCAAGGGGACCUCCUCGCCCGCAGAGGUGGAGAAGCUAGAGGACAACAGAGAUUCGGAUCUAAAAACCAUCCUCUGCAACUAUUCCGAGGCGGGUCCCCCCGAGGCCCCUUACAGCUUCCACCAGCUGCCCCUCGACAAAGUCGGCCCCUAUGGGUUUUUUGCCCAUGACCCGGUGAACCCGCCCCGAGGAGGACCCAGUUCUGGAAAGGUUCAAGCGACGCUUUCCACCUCAGCAGCGACAUAUGCAGAAAGGCCCACCGUCCUGCCGAUCUUGACUCUUCUCGACUCUCGAGUGAGCUACCAUUCCCAGGCUGAACUGCACGGCCCCUGCUCGGACCGGGUCUCCCCCCGGCAGAGACGGAGCAUCACGCGGGACAGUGACACGCCUCUGUCCCUGAUGUCGGUCAAUCAUGAGGAGCUGGAGCGGUCUCCAAGUGGCUUCAGCAUCUCCCAAGACAGAGACGAUUACGUGUUUGGCCCGAGUGGGGGGUCGAGCUGGAUGAGGGAGAAACGUUACCUCGCCGAGGGUGAGACAGACACGGAUACGGACCCCUUCACCCCCAGUGGCUCCAUGCCUCUUUCAUCCACAGGGGACGGGAUUUCUGAUUCAAUAUGGACCCCUCCCAACAAGCCCAUUUAGAAGGGGUCGUGGGCUGAGUCCUCCUUGUAAUGUAGACAGACUGUGUAUAGCUCACUUGCUCUCACACCCGACACUUGACCGUGAGAUCACCAGUGGCUGCAUCAAACACAUGCAUGUGUGUGGCGGCCCCCCACCCGGGCAGGGGCUUUUCACGGCCUUCCUCCUCCCCAGGUCACCACAGUGAAGCCGCUUCCUUUUAAGCAUGGUUUGCAUGACUUUACAAUAUAUAAAUGGUACCGCUAAUCUCUUCUAGGAUACACAUUUAUCUGCUGUUCUUACUUUAAAUCAUGAUUGGACCAGGAUGGGGAGAAAUUAUUGACGAGCUGUGCUAUCUGUCCAUUUGGUUGGCUGCUUUGGGUUUUGGUUUGGUUAAGCAGGGAAUGUAGUUUAAGUUCUUUCUCGAACCACCGCCCCUUUGUGUAAAACAGACCAGUAAUUAUUCUAGAGUAGGCAAAUAGUUUGUGAACAAAAAUGCAUUACGUAUCAAAGAGGGGGCCAACUGAGCUAAAACACUAGGAAAGGAACAAGACGGUCAUCACCUAUCCAAAACCACGAAUUCUUUUGAAAUUUUUUUUCGGGAUAAACUCUCCAAACCAUCUAAAAGCUCUCGAGGGGAACUCACGUGGUCUGCCAUUAUCUGUACCCUGCCUGUUCCCUCAUCCCUGGUAAUCCCAAGUGUAGCAUUUCGAGGGAGUUAGGACUUGGCGGGGAGAAAAUACACACAGAAGUUCAAACAGUUUCCAAUUUAUGUAGCCAAAGAUAAUGAAACUUAUCAGAAGCAGGGUGCCCCUCUGGGCAGGAGCUAAGAUCAGUGCCUUCAAAAUGAGGUUUCAACUCACGUUCUUCCCCAUGGUACCUGUACAAAAUACCCAUCUCAAAUGAAAAUUAGAAACCAGAAAUUAUCUGGUCCAAGUUCUCCUUUGUAAAAAUGAAAAACCUUUGGCUCAGGUAGAGACAAGCCCGGGAUCACAUCAUCGUCCCCUGGAGAGCUGGGACCCAGUCAGCUGACUCGCUCCAUGCCCUGGUCUCCUCCUACUACACCACUCUGCCCUUUAUACGGUGGGACCCAAAAAUUGUGCCAAGAUACCUGAACUCUGUUGUACACAAUUUAUCCAGCAGGACGGGGCUGUUUGCUUUUACUGCAAAACAUGCUUGCUUGAUGCAUUGCAUUUUGGAUCUAAGGGAAUAAAACAAGCACUUCAAGCAAGCAAGCUUCAACAUUUAUUAAUAUGCAAAUGGGAAAAAUUUUCAGAACCGUCCAGUUUUACUCCUCCAGAUUUUUUAAACCACACGUAGCCAUAAGAUUAACCCAAAUGUAAGCAGACCCUCUGGAGAGCACUGCCCUAGUGAAUUAAGUAUUAAUAUUAAGCACAAGCCAUCCUCUUUUGAGGUGUCACUACUUCUGAAACACUUCGAUGGAAAAGGUUUCUGUUAGGCUUGGGCCAGAUCAGCUAAAUUACAACACCACACUGUCACUGUCUCGCUCUUAUCCCACCUCUAAGCACUGGUUGUGGAUGGUCGCCAGGGUGACCAUCAGGAUGAUCCAAAGGGCCUAACAGUCUACACGCAAAUGCCGCUGAUGUUCUCCUCACAGUCUUGUCAAGCUAUGGUAGCUGUGGCAGACAUCUGGUUUGUGGUUUCAUCAUGACGUGAUGCAGGAACCUUAUACUUUGUUGGAGGGAAGAACUAGUCUCUCAGAUCUUGGUUCCUUUCAACCCACAAGUCAACAGGUACUGUGCAAAAGGCUCGGAGUAUAAUAGUAUUGAGGGUGUGGUCCCUGACUAGAAAUGCACAACCAAAGCCUGCCGUCUCUGGCCCAGGGCAAGCAUCGUGAGAGGUAGAUGGCAUUUUACAUGGAGAAUCUCACAAAUAGAGAGGUGUUGGCAUUGAAGUCUAAGGUGGGAAAUACACAAGAAUGACCACACAAUUCAGACCUGAACCCUCCUCCCCUGUGGUUUGCCAUUUGACCUUCUAGCAAUCUGAAGGGCAAAAAGAAUGGAUCAUAUGCAUGAAAGUGCCAUUGGAGUUAAUGACCUAAGAAAUCCUAUGCCCCUUCCUUAGGGCUUGGUUCUUGCUUCUGACCCUCCUAGAAUCUUUUACUACAAGUGAUUGAGCUACCUAUCAUCUAAUAUGUUACUGUGUUUUCUUUAUGUACGUGAGUUAUUUGAGACAAAACAAAAAUGGAGAAUGAAUCAAACUCUCCACAUAUGCACCAAUUGUUUCUAGCUACCUUAUUAAUAUUCUUGCAGAACUGACUGGCCUCAGUAUCUUACCAACAGAUGCAUUUGCCAGGAACUCAGUGGAGUUCUCAGGUGGACAAGUGAGACUUCCUCAUCCUCAAGCUAAAAAUAGUUACCACAGAUCGAAAGUUAGAGGACUGCCUUAGGUUCUUUGAAAAACCUACAAAGGAUAAGAGCUUGUAUUAUUUCUUAAACCAUAGGAGGGCAGUCUAGCCUCCCCUGCUGGAUCAUAAGGCCAGGAUGACAGGGAUUGACCGGGUUUAUGUCGAUUACCAUCAUGUCUCCAACAUGUAGUAAGCUGCCAUUAUCAGUGCAGACAAAAAAUACAUGAUCAUGAAUAACUAAAUGAUAAGACUUUUUAAGAGCUGUUCUUUCCCAUCUAAGAAAAAAGAGAAAAAUGACCCUCUGGAAUAUUCUGCUUUGAUAUCCCUUUAAAAGGAGAGAGAGACAAAAAAAAAAAAGGCCAUUCCAGAAAAGCAAGCCAAAACUCUUCAAGUUGCCUGCUCACAGACAACAUCAUCACCUGGCUGGCAUUGAUGAAGCAGGAAUUCAAGGUGUAAGAUUGAACUUCAGUUAUGGGGAGAAACAACAUGUGCCUCCACAAAGACCUUUCUAUCUGACAAAAGAACAGCAUGAUGGAAAAAUCCAACAGAACUGGUUAAUAAUGUGACCCAAGAUCAUCCUACUUCAGAUAUAUCGGUGGUCCUGAAGCUGGCUGAGGAAACUACAGUAGUUUUAGCAGAAUCCCAUGAAAUUUGUGACAAAUUAAUUCCAUUGUAAAAACUAGGAAUGAUUUCCUCAAGUGGAAGUGUAAUCCCAUUAUAGGUGUUCUGUCUCUGUGUGUGUCACAAUAUGAUAUAGGAGAACUUUAAGGGGUCAUUUUUUAGGAGGAUCAAAAUGAAUGAGAGAUAAAGCUAUCUUCCAAACGUUAGGUGAGAGGUGAUCCUGUCGGGCUGAGAAGAAAGUACUUGAAAUCAAGUGUGCAUUUUGACAGUAGUAAAACACUAGCACACAAGCACACAUGAAAAGUUUAAGAAAAAGAAUUGUGGGAGGAAAAGAAAAAAAAACAUCAAAUUGAGAAAGUUCUAUUCACUGCCUAUACUUUUUCUGGGAACUGAAAGCUUGGACUUAGUAGAUAUAACAAUGAUAUAAUGAAGCUCUAAUUUCAAUAAAGGCAUCUAGAAAACCCCCAAGAUAUACUAUAGUUCAAGAUGAGUUCAUUUGUCAGUAAUGACUGCAUUAUGCCUUGCCUGUUUUGUGCAGGGCAAUUCCUAGACACUGUAAGUUGAAAGAAUAAUUACUUGUAGGAAAUCCUAAUACAAUAGGAUCUACUCAGAAUUUAUAAGACUGUUCUUCUAAAUCCAUACCACUCUACUGAGAAUGUAGAGUGUAUUUGUUUAUUUGUUUACAAGAUUUACUAAGCACCAUUGUCUGCUAGGCACUGUGUAACAUACUGGAAAUUCAGAGUUAGGAAAACCACAGUUCCUGCCACCAAAAAGCUAGGAAUCUGGCGCCUCAAAUAUUGGAGGUCCCUUCAAACUAUGUCUCCCAGGAAUGGAAAGUAUCUGAUUUUAUCCCUGAAGACAACUACACAGAUAGGAGCUCUUUCUCACUUAGAAUCAAUGGGAGAUUGAGCAUGGAGAAAAGUGAGAGAAAGAAUUCUCCAUCAAAAUGGUAAUGACCCCAUCAGCUCAGGAAAGACUGAGUUGUUGAAUGAGGACUUUGAGUUUGGGUUCAGUGCUUUGGGCUUUGGAGCUCCAAAUACACUGUGUACAAAGGAGUUUCUAGAGUGUCUGAGAAGGUUCUUGGGAAGAAAUCUAGCUUUCUCCUCCUCUCCAAAUCCCUACAAUGAUUGAGUCCAGACAAGAAGCUGGGCUACUUCCAUUUCAUUGUGUUGACCAAGACAGGCUUAUGGUACAAGCCAAGACACAUCUAUUUCAAGAGAAGGGUGUCACUCUGCCUGUGGGACACUGCUAAUAAAAUUCUCCUGGAGCAAGAGAAGAAAUGUGUUCGGUGGUCUAAGAAGUUGACUGCACUUUGGACAGUACUGACAAGCACACCCCUGGCUUCCCCCAGAAGAUGCCACACAGCUGGCCUUUGUUUUCUGUGAAUAUGCUCCCAAGGCACUUAGGACUGUACGGAUUUUCUUUGCUUUCUGAACCUUAGGCAUUCUUAGGAAUUUGCCUCAUGUCCUCACUCAUCCUUGAAGGCUUGCUUAUUUGGGGAUGAAAUUUUUAAAAGACUAGAAGUCCUUUCUUUGUAUCCAAAUCACCCAACAUUCCGUUGUUACUGAUAUUACGCUACUCAAAACUGAGCCAACAGUCCCCUCAACAAGUCCCCUAACCUGAUGCCCAGGUGAGAACCAUGCUUGGGACCAGGCUAUCGCCAUAGCUUUAGUGCUUUGGGAAACCAGCAGUAGGAAUCUCAGAGAUAGGAAGGUUAUAGGUAUGACCUGGAUGAAAAUUUGAGUUUCAGAACACUCACAAGUGUUUGACUUUCUUGGUCUGUUUUGAUUUUCAAAUGGGACAAUUGGUAUAUGUAAAGACCCCGGUACAGUGGUGGCUGGAGACUGUCACACAUAUUCUUUUUUAAUACUGUGUGUGGAGUCCACUGCCUCAGUCCUCGGUAUUACUUAUGAACUCCAAAUUUACCCCCAGAAAAUCUUUUUCUUGGCAAAAGAGCAGUGGAAAUGCCAUACCAAUUCAGGCACUUUUAUGGGGGCUUUUUCUCAAAAAGUACAUCUCUAUAAGUGAAACAAGGAAGGGCGGGAAUGUUGGAAUGAAGGUGGCAGGACUGCUGGGUUGCAGUGGCUGGGUUGUGGCAGUUCCACUGGACCCACAAUACUGCAUGUUGCACCAUUCUCUCAAAGGAUGAUCUGUAGGAGGCAGAGUCAAGUAGCAGGAACCAUUAAAUAUGAAGGAACUAGUGGUUGCAAUGAGCAAAGUUAACCAUGCCAUGAUGUCUGUCAGGCAACACCCUAGCAAUGAAUGGAGAACUUCCAGAAGAAAGAGUUCAAGCUCGCUCAAACUCUCCCCAGGGGAAUUUGUUCCCAGCCUCUAACAACCUCAGCUUUGUUAUCCCUGUAGGAAAAUUGUGACUAGUGGCUUGCUUCAUUGCCACAGAUGCAGGGAGAUACAAUUUUAUAGAUUCCUAGAUGCUCAGAGCAAGAACAGACCUUGAUCACCAAGAACAACCACCUCUCUUCUUAGAUCAGGAAGUAGAGGUCGGGCAUAAAGGGAAUCACACUAGUCACCCCGUGGCUGAAUGGGUGAUUGGGUGGCAGAGUGACUCAAGAACCCAGGUCUCCUAACUCCCGGUCCAGAUAUUGGAGAUCAAAAACUGACAGUCACAUAGCAACCAAGAAGAAAACAUUGUGGGUUGGCCCAGGAGAUGGAGAACUUCCUGGCCCACUCGAGAAACUGCUAAACCAGACACAUUGGUUGGAACUUAUUCCCAUCUCCGGAAUAUGAUUGAUCUCAUGCCUUUAAAGGCAAUGUUCCUUCUCCCCAAAUCCUGCUGACCUCCAAAGGCCUGGCACAAACCACUGUUACCCUGUGCAGGUUAAAAAAGGAAUGAAGAACAACUUCAUGGCCAUGCAGGCAUUCCCCUCCACUUCUCUGACCUCUGCUACUUUGCCCCUCCUUGUCCCGCCAAGCCUGGACUGGUUCAGCAGUUUGGCCCAUCACUUAGACUCAUUCAGCUGCAGAGCCAUGGCUCAGGUGGUAUCCUCAUCUAUAAGCCAAUCCUUUCGUAGGAUUUUGCCUUGGAAAAAAAAAAAAAGUUGGCGGGUUUGGUUUUAGGAAAUAGGAUGUGAUUUCUUUGGGGAUCAAUAUGACCCCAAGGCAUUAGUUCUACUAAGGUGUCCAUUCACGAUGGGAUCUCUGGGUCUCGCGCCUUGUUUCUCCUGCUUUGUCCAAGAGAAUGCCCGUCUUGGCUGGGUCACAACUGGUUCUCUAGGAUUGUCACCUAAAACUACAGAGGAGCAGACAGGAUUCAACUUAAGACAUCUUGUGUAACUGGGAAAUUAUUUUAGAAAGUAAACAGGCCUCCCUGUUGGCUCAAAUGAGGAUUAACAUAGCUGGUGUCCACUUAUGCUGUGCUGUGCUUGGGACAGAUUUGCCAGAAUUUGGCAAGGCUUCCCAAUAGCCCUUGCUAAACCCCUAGAAGGAUGUUCAGGUCUUCUGAAUCAGACUGAACCAGAAACUCCUAAGGCAAAGUCAUAAAGGUGGCAGUAAUUUUAGACUAUCAGUCUACCUGUCUUCUUAGCCUCUAAAUAGCCCCGUUCUGGGGAAAUAAGUCAAACAUGGGCUCUAUAUAAGAAUAACCUGAGUGUGACUUGUAAUUAAGCAGUCAAAAGCCUGGCCUAGUGCUUAGGAAUAUAUUUGUAAUUCCUCUUAGAUGUGUCAAAUGGACUACAACCUGAUGCCUGAAAGGAGUGAAAAACGGGAAUAUGUUUUCUUCCAAUGUCUCACUCUGCCCACAAGACAGGUCCGGGAAGCGGAGAGAAACUUACCCUAAGCUGUCUUUGUGAGUUGCAUGUGAUGUGAUGGUUUUCUCUCUUGACUUCCCACGGUCCUCACCACGACCCCUUGUGGGCGGUGUUAAUGUCUCCAUCGUAGAGUUGAAGAAACUGAACCUGAGGGGGGAAAUGCCUUGCCAAAGGCCACACACUAUAGAAGUAGAGCUGGGAUUGUAACCAAAGCUCAUGGACCUUCAAAGAUUAUUCUCCACCUAUCGCAUCUCCCAGGCCAAUGGAAAUGCUCCCACAUCAUGCCCUGUGGUUGUCCCCCAUACCUUGCCCUCCUAUGCCCAGUGGACUUUAUAGUAAAACAAUCAGACCCAUCGGUUCCCCGGAGAGAACCAACGUCAGCUGCUCCACUCAGCUAAUCAGUGGGUCCUACCUGUUCCUUUGAGGAGGUUCACAAUUCAGCUGUCAGUGGCAGAAAAUAAUGCUGCGUAAAUUUUUCACCUUGUUCACAGUGGAAUCCAUUAGUCCUUGGAGCUUAGUGUGGCUGCAGAUAAUCCCACAAGUGCCCCUUGUUCUCUGCCCUGCACCUCCCCCCCCCCCCCCCGAGGAUCUCCUGUCAUUGAUUUAUCCAAACAAAUUCAAAUGUCCUUCCUGACUCUGGUCUUCUGUCCUGAGGCUGGACCUUUAUGUCAGACCUUGGAAAUUCUGCAGAGACAGGUGAGUCUGCAAAAACAUUCUUUAGGAGGCUAAACACUCACAACAGUUGUGUUUCUCUUACUCAAUAUUAAAAAGAUCACAGUUCCCCAGUGAGAAGUCAACCUGAUCUGGUAGUUAGGCUCCAUUUCCCCUCUGAACACUUUUCCAAGGGAAGGGAGAGCAGCUCCACCCUCCAUGUUCCUGGGAGGGUUGAGAAUGCACGUGCGGAGGCCUACGUCCAAGGUUGGUGGCAGCCAUGUUCCAAGCAUCAGAGAUCUUCCUGUUGGAGACAGAAGGCAGGCUCUGCCCCAUCUUAAAAAUCACCUUAGAAAGAUGGGCCUACUUCAUCAGAUCUGUCAAUCAUUUCCUAUUUUAAAGAGAAAAAUGCUCUCUACAUUGCUUUCAACGGGAUAUGGUUAUUCUUCCUUUCCUUUCUUUUUUUUUUUUUUUUUUUUCCCAAUGUAGCAGUGAUGGAAAACACCAAUCUCUGCAGAGCAGGUUGAGGUUUUCAGUGACAUGAAUCCACUGAAUUUGAUUUUGGAUUGUAUUUUCUUUAACCCCCUUUAACGGCAUAGAAUUCUGGUGCCUUGCUCCCUGAAUUUGUCUCCAUGCUACAAGUAGGCUUUCUUCACAUUCUGGCUUACACGGGAACACGACUAUUCCACAAGUGGCCUUUAGUGCUCUUUAUAAUAUGAUUUCCUGUAAUUUUUAAACUGUAUGUGUAAUUUCUAUUCUGGCUCUGUCCAAUAUUUGAACAACUUUACUAGGUUGAUUUCCAUAUAUAUUAUGCAAACACUUCUUACCUGAUUUUUUAUGUUGUAUCUUAAAACAAAUACUGCACCACUUAUUAAUAAAUAGACAUUUCAAUGAU